AUGGCCAAGCUGCACACAGAGAGGCACGACUUCGUCUACCUCUCGUUCAACGUCCUCAUCCAAGGCAACGACCCAGCGAGCACGAUGUCCUCUCAAGACCCUGUCAACCUUUUGAAUGACAUCUUGAACAAGCGCAAGUCCUCGCAUCUAUUGUCGUGGGAGUUUCAGCAGGCAGGGCCUGGGCAUAAUCCUGUCCAUGUCGCCAUCGCCAAAGGUGGGAGGGGCUUCUAUUUUGAAGCUUGGCAAUCGAGGAUCGCUGCUCACAUCAAGGUCGUUUAG